GUGCUUUUCAGACUGAGAAUCCGAACUCAUGUAACGCCAAGAGGCUUCAUGGCUGCCGGAGCUGAAGCCGCCAUUCUCGACGCCACCUCUCGAUCGAUCCCUCUCCUUCAGUGCCGCCGAAGUGCCGCGCCGCGCCGUGGGCAUUCUGGCUCCCAAAAACGGUCGUUCGUCAGACCUCUGGUCAGUUUCUUGGAGUUCGCAGGUCGAGUCGUUGAGACUCCGACUCCCCGCCGUUCCGAAGCUUGUGUUGCAAGCUAUCAAGCUCGAGUGUGUUGCACCUACACGUGUUCCAAUCCGACAAGCUGUGACAAGAGGAGUUAUGGCCAGCUCUGUAGCCCUCUCCGAGGCUUCCAACACUGUAGCAGUUCACUUUCAACCGGCUGAAUGCCCAAGGACCUUGGAAGAAGCAACCGCGUUGUUCACAAGGUUCGGUGAUGUGGCCCGAUUGGAUACCUCUUUGGGAUCCGUCACUGGCCUGGUUUUCGUGACCUUCUUUGACGUGCGUGUGGCACAGAAGGUCCUACAGCAAUUCGUCCCAUCGGCUGAGCCCUUCCAGCCUGCGAUCCACGACUUUCGUGCUGUCAGUUUGCAAACCUCCGUGUUUUCUGAGCUUCCAGCGCACUUCCCGGGCUUUCACAGUUUCGGGGAGAUCGCAGGAGUGUCCAGCUGCGGGGAGGAUAUCGUCGUGGAGUUCUACGAUAUGCGGGCCGCUCAUCAGGCCACCUUUUGUGUACCUGGCACCCGGCCCAAGAAGAAUGCCGGCUUGACUUCUCCGCCGGCGCCUGGACUGGAGAGCAAGUUGCCAGUGUCCCACUACGUUUCUGGGGCAGACUGGGUCAAGGAGACGAUGAACGUGUGCAGCAACCCCGUGGAGAGCGUCGAGGCGCUCGCCGAGCCCGCCACCGUGCCCACGCCCACCGUGGCGAUCACGUCGGGCCGUCCUGCCGAGACCAAGACCGGCCCUACAUACCAAGGACCUGGAAAGCCCUUGAGGGAGAAAGUGCGCACACAGGACUUAUCCAAAUUCGACAUUGUGCCCGAAAAGAUCCGCAAGAACGAGGACCCUCGCACCACGGUGAUGUUGCGGAACAUCCCCAAGGCUUGCAGCCGCGAAUCCAUCGUGGAGCUCCUGGUACCUUUUGGGCUGUCGAACAGGUACACAUUCUUUUACAUGCCAUUUGACAAGCGACGCAACGUUCACUGCGGCUUCGCCUUCAUCAACUUCAGGUCAGCCGCAGAUGUUCUUGUACUCUAUGAAUGCAUGACGCCUGCGUUUUGGAAAUCCUACCUGAAUAAAGGCCAUCUCACUGUUGCCACGAUGCCUGGCGUGAGCUAUGCUCGCUUGCAGGGCCAAGACCAGCUGACGAAGCACUUCAGCCUCUCUGCCGUGAUGCGUGACAGCGACGCACGGAAACGCCCGCUGUUUAAACAGAAGCAGCAGAGCGUCGGUUCCGAGGAGGAGUUGCCGUCGGCCGAUGAUUCCAAGUACCAGCCAUGUUACGUCCCGAUGAGCGCGUUGCAGGAGGAUUUGAAACUGCAGGAUCUGGAUUCAGAAAUCCAGGCACUGGGAGAUUUGGGAUUCGAUUGCGCCAACAUGCCUGCCUUUGGGGCCUGAGGAAACUCUGAUACGUCAGGAAGAUGACCUUCCUGGGAGCGGAGCGCUCUAAAAAGAAGGCGACUGCCUUCGGGGCCCUAUCCCCUUUCGCGCGAGGGUCGCCUCCAAGGUCGUGCUUGACCGAGGUGAUUCUCGACGCUCUGUGCCCAGAGAACCGGUAUUUUGGUUAUGGGGGGAUGACCC